ACUGCCAUAGCAGCAGGAAUGAGACAGACACAGAAGCCAAGUGAUAACACAGACACUCAGUGCACUGGACAACCAGCUCCUGAGCUAGAGAUGACCGGCUUCCUGUCAGACCUGGUACAAUACCAGGGACUCUUCCGAAUGGUCAUUGUCCUGGGAAUAGGUGGAACAUUCCAAAUUGGCUUUCAAAUUUCUACAAUCACCUACAUGAAUCAGCAUGUUAAGGCUUUCAUUAAUGAAACCUGGCUGGAGCGAUACGGCUACCCCAUCCAUCAGGAUAACCUCUUGUUCCUGUGGUCUCUCAUCGUGUCCAUCCUUGGUAUAGGAGGUCUCUUGGGUGCUUCAGGAAGUAGAUACCUGACUGUCAAGUAUGGCAAAAAAAAAUGCCUCCUGUGCAACAAUCUAUUAAUGAUAAUUGCAGCAUCUAUCAUGGGCUGCAGCAAAAUGUCCAAGUCCUUCGAGAUGAUUCUCAUUGGACGCUUCCUAUGUGGUGUAAGUGUAGGCUUUUCUACUCCUCUGCAUCAUCAGUAUGUUGGGGAAAUUUCCCCUAGGAAGCUACGUGGAUUUGCAAACUCUACUGCCUCUUUCUUUUGGUCACUGGGAAAAGCCGUAGGGCAAAUUGCAGGACAAAGGUAUAGUACAACUGAUUUGCAACCCAGUUCAUAUCUGGAUCCCUCCAUCUUUUGCUUCUUCUGCUUUUCCAUCAAUUUCUUUCUCUUCUCAAAAACCACUGUAAUGAAUUUUUAUUCUACACAUGCUUGUUUUAUUCCUGCCAGGGAGCUGCUGGGCAGCCAGUCCCGGUGGCCCAUGCUGAUGGCCUCCUGUGGAAUUCCUGCACUGGUCCAACUGUUCACUCUGCCCUUCUUCCCUGAAUCCCCGCCAUAUCUCCUCAUGCAUAAAGGAGACCAGGAAGGCUGCAAGAAAGCCAUAAGGCAGCUUUGGGGUGAAGGCCAUCACCAAGCAGAGAUUGAUGACAUCAUGAAAGAGAAGGCAACAGUGAAAAACAUCAAGAUCUUGAGUGUCCUGGAGCUAAUGAAAGAACCAGCUAUCCGCUGGCAGCUGUACAUGAUAAUUAUUCUGACCGCCUCAGUUCAGCUGUGUGGCAUCAAUGCAAUUUAUUUUUAUACUUUUGAAGUCCUCCAGGCAGCUGGCUUUGAGGAAAGAAUGGUCUACUAUAUGACCCUCUCUAUCGGACUUGCAGAACUCUUAGCCACUGUAGUCUGUAGCUCCAUCAUUGAGCGACUGGGCAGGAAAACACUCAUAAGAGGAGGCUACUUCAUCAUGGGUUCACUGCUAGCUGUAAUCACAGUGACCCUCUCCCUACAGGAUUGGUAUUUCUGGAUGCCAUACUGCAGCCUCUGUCUGAUUAUCUUAUUUGUAGUUGUCUUUGGGCUUGGGCCAGGUGGUGCCACAGUUUCCAUGAGGGUUGAAAUUUUCAAUCUGUCCUGUAGACCACCCGCCUUUGUGAUCAGUUCUGUUUUCAAUUGGCUGGGUGUCUUUGUGAUUGGAACAACCUUCCCAUUCAUCGUGGAAGGACUCAAGCACUUCUGUUUCCUCAUCUUUAUAGGGGUACUUUUCUCUUCAGCAACGUUUUUCCACCUGUUCCUUCCAGAAACAAAAGGGAAGUCAAUUGUGGAAAUAACAGAAGAGUUUGAUAAGCUAAACUUCAGAAAGAAGCAUGUUCCAGCAACUCCAAACCAUGUCAUGGAGGAGGGUUACACCUUCUGCACCAGGCUGUGACUGGCUGGUACAGAGGUAGCAAGCAUUCUUAAAAGGAAGAAAGAAAAUACAUUUGUUGUUCUCUGGUUUGUAUGUUGGUCAAAUGGACUAUCAGCUUUUAUUAUCCAUCACCUACGAGGCUUUUCCUUUGCCAAAACAGCACGGUUCUAAAGCACUCCACUCUGGGCAGCUUAGAAAAGGGAUGAUGGCUUAUAUCAGCGGAAUAGACUCAUCUAACUCAUGCACAUCUUGGCUCAACUUGCUGAUGUGUAAAUCUCUUCUAUAAUGGAGCAAUUAAUACACACUGAAACUGCGUGUAGAAUUUCUAAACAUUCUGCUGACCACACAGAAAAAGAAGACUUAUGGUCCCUUCUCUCUCUCUGAGUCAUGAGUUUGUAUUUACAACCCUGAAAUAGCAAUAGUAAAGUUCUUGGCUUGCUAUCUCUGGCUAGAUUUCAAUUCACAACAGAUUAAAGAAAAAGAGAUAACAGAAUAGGACAGAGUCUUUGUUUCUUUAGACUGAACAACCACAUCUUUCCAGAUUCCUGUACUUAAUGCCACAAUUUCCUUCUGUUAUCAGACUUUCACUCUAGUUUGUCAAAAUUCAGAGCUUUUGGAUUUUAAACUUUCGAUAUCAGCAGCUCUCCUUGCUGAGAAUUGCAUUGAAUUAUUUUAUUUAAAAUAAAAAAAAAAAAGAAAGAAAAUCCAUCACUUGAUUCUAAAAUCAGAUUUAUUCACAAAAUGGAUAAAGAAUGAGUAAAAAAAUUCCUAUACAGCUUUAUUUGUUUCAGUGGCAAUACAGCUAAUGAAAUCACAGAUGGAAACCCACUGUCAGAAAACAGAAGCACGGGGAGUCCUUUCAGAUACUCAGUGCUAUCGCCCCGUCAGCACCAUCACUCUAAGGCUGUUGCUACCCCUCCAGGAUCAGAGUGCCCACAGUUACCUUGAGGGCAGUGAAACACAGAACAAUAUGCAGUGGAGUGCAAUAUGCAAAGUAAAAUCUACUCCCUAGAUGUGCAUAAUAAAAUAAAUGUUCCUUCUUAUCUCUGAUA